GAAAACAUAAGUCUAAUAAUAAGUAAUAUACACUUCCAUGCUUGUCUCUCUCCACAGGGCUUAUGAAUUUGUCUUAACCCUAGAACCCGGUGGUUGAAGCGCUGACCAAGAAUUAGCAGAAUUCGAAGCCAAACACUUUGAAUCCGAGUGAAGAACAAGGACUCAGAAGUGCUCCAAGCAAUAAUUGAGACCCAAGUUGAAAGAUAAAAGAUUAUUUCACAACAAAGCAAUGGAGAAAAAACCAGGGAUUACAUUGAAAAACCGUUCAGAAUCUGAAGCUCAACAAGGCCUAUGGCUUUCGCAUAACUUGAAUCUUCGAGACAACAAAACCAUGAAGUACCUUCCUCCCUCCCAGCGAGUACCUUCAUUGUGCCUAAAAACUCCAAACAGUAUUCGCAUUGGAGGAGAAGAAGACAGUGGAAGUAGUAGGCAAGUUGAUGAUGAGAAACAACCAAAUGCAUUCCUUCGUCCCUCCGAGAGAAUAUCUUCAUCGCUCCUAAAAACACUAACCACUGUUCGCACUGGUGGAGGAGGAGAAGACAGUGGAAAUAGUAGGCAAGUUGAUGAUGAGAAACAAGCAAAUGCAUUCCUUCGUCCCACACAAAGAUUAUCUUCAUCGCUCCAAAAAACACUAACCACUGUUCGCAAUGGUGGAGGAGGAGAAGGCAGUGGAAAUAGUAGGCAAGUUGAUGAUGAGAAACAAGCAAAUGCAUUCCUUCGUCCCACACAAAGAUUAUCUUCAUCGCUCCAAAAAACACUAACUACUGUUCGCAAUGGUGGAGGAGGAGAAGACAGUGGAAAUAGUAGGCAAGUUGAUGAUGAAAAACAAGCAAAUGCAUUCCUUCGUCCCACACAAAGAUUAUCUUCAUCCCUCCAAAAAACACUAACUACUGUUCGCAAUGGUGGAGGAGGAGAAGACAGUGGAAAUAGUAGGCAAGUUGAUGAUGAGAAACAAGCUAAUGCAUUCCGUCGUCCCACACAAAGAUUAUCUUCAUCGCUCCAAAAAACACUGACCACUGUUCGCAAUGGUGGAGGAGGAGAAGACCGUGGAAACAGUAGGCAAGCUGAUGAUGAGAAACAAGCAAAUGGAUUCCUUCGUCCCUCCCAGAAACUACUUUUAUUACAACGGUCUCCUACUCAAAUGCCAUCUACUUCCAACCUCAUGCGUCCCCGACAUGACUAAAACCGAGUUAAAAAGACUACCAAUUGAUGUCGAAAUUCCAGGCUCCAUGUUAUUAUUGCUUGAAAUAAAAAACCUGGCCGUGUCGUGUGACAAAAAAAAAGUAGUUAGUUUUUAUAUAUUUGUUGUUGUGUUUGAUA